GAAAAUGUUUAGAGGAAAAUCAGUCAGAAUCCCUGGAAGAGAUGGUCAGAUCAAGGUCUUGGAGAACAAGAUAAAAAAACUUGAGAAUGAAUAUGGUACACUUGCUGAAUUCGAGUCUAAUUAUACAUAUGCUCCAAAUCCGACGGUGUGAGACUCAACGGUGGAAUUUAUUGAUAGCAAACUUUUAUUGGACCCUAUCGUGAUGAACAGCUUGUUCUCAAAGGGAGAGAUGAAGUCAGCCUUGAAAAAGAAGUAUAAAGACAAACUUCUGGUAUUAAGUAAAGAUAAUAACCCAUCCAAAGCCUAUGCCAAAGAAGAGGACGAUGAUGACGAUGAUGAAGACGAAGAUGAACCUAUUACGGACAUGAAGAAAUCUAACCAAGGGAAGCCGAAGCUGAUAGAAAAACCAGAUGUUCAGGAGCAUUCCAACAAGACAUGCUGUAUUAUCCAAUAACUCUUGUUUUUUAAGUGACAGUUUGUACCCU